AUGAAUCAGAGCACCACACAACAAGAAACCGCAGGACUUGAGCAUCGCCCCAGGAAGACGGGUCUUCUUCCCGGGUUGGUGUUCCUGGUACGUCGCAAACCACUGGGGGCCUUCGGGGGAGUCCUGGUCGUGCUCAUGUUGCUGGUUGCGGCCUUUGCCGGCGUCCUGCAGAAUUUCGAUCCCGUCGAACCCCACUACGAAGACCGGCUGAUCAACACCAAUCCCACCUAUUGGAUGGGAACUGACCAGUUUGGGCGGGACAUCUACAGCAGAUUGCUGCACGGGACCCGUGUUUCCAUUAUCGUGGGCUUUUCCGCCGUCACCAUUGCUUCGGUGGGGGGAGGCCUGAUCGGAAUUAUCGUGGGGUAUCGGGGCGGGGUGCUGGACCUGCUUGUCCAGCGGAUCGUGGACAUUCUGAUGGCAUUCCCCACCAUAAUAAUGGCAAUGGUGGUGGUGACCGCGCUGGGUACGUCCCUUUUCAGCCUGAUAUUCGCUAUUGGGCUGGUACAGUCGCCCAACAUAUCAAGAAUCACCCGCGCGGUCACUCUCAGCAUCCGGGAGCGGGGCUACAUUGACUCAGCCAAGGCCAUCGGAGUAAGUGAACGCCGGUUGGUGCUUCGCCACAUCCUGCCCAAUACCAUGUCUCCCUGGAUCGUAAUGGCGACGGCGGAACUGGGCACGGCAAUCCUGACCGAAUCCACGCUCAGCUUCCUGGGGAUCGGCAUACAGGAGCCCAAUGCUUCUUUGGGCACCAUGCUGACCGGACUGGCCCAGCAAUACCGUAAUGAGGCCCCCUGGAUGGUAAUCUGGCCCGGGAUAGCGAUCAGCAUCGUAGUUUUUGGGCUGAAUAUGUUCGGGGACGCCAUCCGGGAUUUGCUGGACCCUCGCCAAAGGGGCCGCUGA